AUGUGUGGAAGAACUGCGUGUACGCUUGCUCCUGACGAGUUGAGCCGAGCCUGCUCCUACAGGAACCGGCGAGGGCAGCGGAGACAGCCCCGCUGGAGGGAUGGAGAUGCGGACAAAUACCGACCCUCGUACAACAAGAGUCCCCAGUCCAUGAGCCCCGUCCUGCUGUCCCAGAGGCACUUUGAUAAGAAUGCUCCUGUCGAUGACUAUGUGUUGGCCUCCAUGCGUUGGGGUCUGGUACCUUCCUGGUUCAAGCAGGAUGACCCCAGCAAGAUGCAGUACAGCACCAGCAAUUGCCGCAGUGAGAAUAUCUUGGAGAAGAAAUCAUAUAAGGAUCCCCUGAUAAAGGGUCAGCGCUGCGUCAUCCUGGCUGAUGGCUUUUAUGAGUGGAAGAAGCAGGAAAAGAACAAGCAGCCUUUCUUCAUAUACUUCCCUCAGACUCAGGGAAGCAGCCAGGAGAAAAAAGGGGAUCAGGAUGACCCCAAGACCUCAGCUCGCAAUAAGGAGAAUUCAGAGACGGUGUGCCCUCCAGAGAAGGCCUCCCCUGACUUGACCGAGGGAGGAGAGGCAUCAGGUGAGUGGACUGGAUGGAAGUUGCUGACUAUGGCCGGACUGUUUGACUGCUGGACACCUCCAGAUGGUGGAGAACCUCUUUACAGUUACAGUGUUAUCACUGUGAAUGCUUCCCCAAACCUGGAAAGCAUCCACAAUAGGAUGCCAGCAAUCCUGAAUGGAGACGAAGAAGUGAGAAGAUGGCUGGAUUUUGGGGCGGUGAAGUCUCUCGAUGCCUUGAAACUGCUCCAGUCUAAAAACAUUUUGACUUUCCACCCCGUCUCUUCGAUAGUGAAUAACUCUCGCAACAACUCUCCAGAGUGCCUUCAACCAGUGGAUCUUAACAGCAAAAAGGAGCCCAAACCCACAGGCAGCAGUAAGAUGAUGAUGGGCUGGCUGUCGAGCACGUCACCUUCAAAGAGGAAGGAGCCCAGCACGCGUGAGAGCAAAGAAGAGCAAGAAAGCAAAGCAGGGGCUCGGAGGAAAUCAUCAGGGCCGCUUAAGCAGUGGCUUCAGGGAGCCAAGAAACCAAGAACCAAAUGAAGACAUCAACUCUGCAGUACAAUAUAAGGUGCAUGGAGUGCUGCUGGGUGUAGAAAAAGUGUGCUUCUGGUGCUCUUCGGUGUAGGGAUCAAAAAAGUAAUUGAAAGAAAAUUCAAAAAACCGAGGCACUCAGGGAGUAGA